AUGCCCCAGAUCAACCCCAACUCGACUUCGGUCGCCGCAGACGAAGCGCUGCGAAACACCUUCCAGAUCGUCCAUGCCUUCUUGGCCGAACACGCUCCUCAAGCAGCUCAACAGCUGGCCGCAACUCUACCCGAUUCACCUGCUCCGCCCAAGACUCUUGCUUCAGCACUCGUCGAUCAUGUCCGCAACUCGCCUAGGCGGUCAUGGCCCGGUCUGGUUGCUCAGCAGGCCACUCCGUCGUCGCCGACUCCCAUGGACGAGGACACCGAUUCCGACAGCUCCGACUCUGAUUCCGACAGCGAUUCCGACAGCAGCAGCAGCGGCAGCAGCGUCAGUAGCAGUAGCGGUGAUGACAGUGACAGCGAUAGUGAUAGCAGCGAUUCAGAUGACGACAGCUCGGAUGAUGACGACGAUGAAUCAGACUCGGAAGAAGACAAGCAGGUCAAGGCUGCCAAGCCCGACCCGCCGCAUCAGGACACCGAAGCAGCGUCCUCCACCGUCGUCUCCGACUCGCAGGACGAGGCGGAGGCUGCGCUCCCCAGCAAUGGCAUUGCAACCCCUACACGAGCGUCCUCCGUCAGUGCUGCUGCUGUUGUGACCAACAAGCGCAAGCGAGAAGCCACUCCCUCGGACGACUCGAGCUCGGAUUCCAGCUCCGACGAUUCUUCGGACGACAGCGAUGACGAGAGCGGUGACAGCGACAGCGAUAGCAGCAGCGACGAUGGUGACGAUAGCGAUGACGAGUCGAGCGACUCGGACGACAGUGAUAGCGAUGAUGAAGACGAGGAGGAAGAGGAUGCCAAGGAAGACAAGGCGACGAUCAAGAAGGUCGAGGUGGUCGUCAAGACUGUUGAGUCGGAUUCGGAUGAUUCCGACUCGAGCUCUGACGAUUCCUCCUCCAGCAGCGAUGAUGGAGCAGAAGCGGCUGUGGCUUCAAAGGACGGUGACGACGACGACGGCUCGUCCGACAGCAGCAGCGACGAUAGCGACUCGUCUGACUCGGACUCCGACUCGAACUCUGAUUCCGACGAUAGCAAUAGCGAUUCAUCCUCUUCAUCCGAAUCAGGAUUCGACAGCGACAGCUCCUCCUCUUCAUCCUCCUCCUCUGGCAGCUCAUCCUCUCCCUCACCAAAGGGCCCACCAGCCAAGCGACAAAAGGUUGUCUCGCCACCUGCCACCCCCACGCCCGCUCCCACCGUCGCCGCCACCACCACCACCACCAGCAUCGCCUCCACUCCCACCCCAUCCACCUCCUCCGCCCGCAAGCCUCACUCCAAUUCCACCCAAAACACCCCCUUCCAACGCGUCAAGGCCGACAAAGUCACCUACCUCCACGAAGGCAUGAAGGACAUGUCUUACUCCGGCAAGGCGGGCGUCACCGGCGACGAGUACGGCGCACGUGCCAGUCGCGACCUCAUCGUCACACGCGGCAAAGGUUUCACCAAGGAGAAGAACAAGAAGAAGCGCGGCAGCUACAGAGGUGGCGCCAUCGACGUGUACGGUUCGCACUCGAUCAAGUUUGAUGAUGACGAUUAG